UGCCAAGUUCGGCGAAUGUUGUGCACUUAUUGCGAAGCCAUAGACAUUUUUAGUUCAGCAAUAUUUAACCUAGUAUUUGGCUUGGUAACAUCUCGAGCCGAAUUUUGAAACAGAAAUCAAUCAAUAUCUCAACAUGGAAAAAUUACAUGAAUAUCAAGGAAUAACUGGCAGACUCCAUCAAUGGAGAGACAAUAUAAAGGAAAAGUAUUCUUCUAUAAACCAGGAAAACUCAACCAACAUUUUUGAGAAAGCCAAAAAUACGGCUUUGGAUCAACUGAAAGGCAAUGCAAGUGCUAACGCGGAUUAUUCGCACAUUUAUAGAUACAAAACCCGUGCGGAACUGGUGCGAGUGUCUGCGGCAGUGAUGGGCAUUGAGUUUUCGUACGCCGCGGAAACGGCGUUUGUGUCCCCAACAUUGCUGAAAAUUGGCGUGGAGCAUCAGCACAUGACGCUAGUGUGGGCUCUUUCGCCUCUGGUCGGAUUUUUUCUGUGCCCCAUUUUGGGGUCAUUUUCGGAUCGCUGCAAGCUAAACAUGGGACGACGGAGACCAUUCAUAAUUAUUUUGUCUAUUGGGGUUUUUCUGGGAUUGAUUUUGGUGCCAAAUGGGGAAAACUUAGGAUACUGGUUCGGUGACGUAGACCCCCACCUGCAGGCUGCUGCCAUGAACACCACGUAUAAUUCGACGUAUAACUAUUUAAACAUCGUGCCUCAUAGAGCGACUGCAUCACAAUCUGAGACCGAAACGUAUGUUAAGACAUCACACCCUUGGGGAAUAUUCUUUACGGUUUUGGGCACUGUACUACUUGACUUUGAUGCGGAUGCUUGCCAAAGUCCAUCCAGAGCUUACCUGCUGGAUGUCUGCAUUCCGGAAGAUCAUGCCAAAGGACUGUCUACAUUUACAAUCAUGGCUGGCCUAGGAGGCUUCUUCGGCUACUCAAUGGGUGGCUUGAACUGGGAUGAGACUGAAAUCGGUAGACGUUUAGGAGGACAUGUGAAGGCUGUAUUCACAAUAAUUACAUUUAUUUUCAUCGCCUGUGUUUCGUUCACAAUAACCAGCUUUACUGAAAUUCCGCUUUGGGCACUUUCUACUUCAUUGCGGCAAAAGGAAAAAUGUCAGGCCGACGGCACAUCCGCAAAUUAUGGUACUAUGACCAACGAUGACGACUGUAAAAGUGAUAAAAAUUACGUGGAGCUGACUCCGCCGGCGCCUACCGAAAAUUUUGGCGACAUCAAAGAUAACUUUGACGAGACUUCAUUCACUGAGAACCCAGAAGCAAUGAUACAACCAUCGAAUGAAGUCGAGGGCGACAUUUCGCUGUCACAGAAUAACGUGGAAAUACAGUCGCUUUCGCAUUAUUUGCUUUCCAUUAUUUACAUGCCGUAUUCCUUGCGUAUAGUUUGCCUUACUAAUCUCUUCUGCUGGAUGGCACACGUAUGCUACUCACUCUAUUUCACUGAUUUUGUCGGGGAAGCUGUCUUUGAUGGUGAUCCAAGGGCAAUAGAGGGCUCGAUCGAACAAAGAAGAUAUGAAGAGGGUGUUCGAUUCGGAUGUUGGGGUAUGGCGAUGUAUUCCCUUUCCUGUGCCUGCUACUCCCUAAUCAUCGAUAAGCUCAUCCAACGAUUCAGGGCAAAAAAUGUUUAUGUCGGAGGACUUCUUUUCUAUUGUACUGGAAUGACAUUAAUGGCACUCUCCCGCGCUAAAUUUAGUGUGAUCGUUUUUAGUUGGACGGCCGGUGUCAUGUACUCGACGCUAUUCACCAUGCCCUACUUGCUUGUAGCGCAUUAUCACUCGAUGGGCACGUUCGAAGUGGAUGGCAGUGGCACUGCAAAAUUGGAAUCUGGAGUGCGGGGAUUGGGAACAGACGUUGCUAUCGUUAGCAGUAUGGUUUUCUUAGCUCAAUUUAUUCUAUCAAUGUGCAUGGGCGUAAUUGUUAAAGUGACUGGAACGACGACAGCUGUAAUAAGUACCGCCAGCUUUUUGAGUUUCUGUGGUGCUAUAUCUGCCACAAAAAUAAUUUACCUGGAUCUAUAAUUUAUGAUAUAA